AUCCGGAAUGCGGAAAGGAAAGCAGCGCGGUCAAUGGACUUGGAGUUUGUAUGCGCGAGGGCAAGUCCCAGAGUGAACCCACUUGUAUGUGGCUGGCAUGUCCGCCUGGAGGUUCGAUCGAUCAUUCUGCAAUUUGCCGCUUCCGAGUCACCUGCCCAAGCUUCACCUGAACAAGUCAAGAGUGAUGAUCGCCAUCUCGUCAGCCGAAGAUUUCCACUCCGCUGUGGCCGCUGCGACCGAGAAGCCACUGGUUGCCUGUUUCUCUGCGCCCUGGUGCGGUGGCUGCAAGUUGGUGGCUCCCAAGGUGGAGAAGCUGGCAGAGGAGCUGGCCGAGACAGUCUCGUUCGCCAAGGUGAGCGCUGAGGAGCUAGAGACGCUGUGUGAGGAGGUGGAAGUGGACAGCUUCCCGCACUUCCGCGUGUACAAGGAAGGCAAGAUCAUGGGCGACUACACAAGCUCCAAGUUCGACAAGGUGGACGCCUUCAUCCGCGGUCACGUGGCUCCGGACACUGUGGAGAAGACGGAGGAGACACCGGAAGGCGAGGUAGCGGAGAAACCCGCGGAGAAGGAGGAGGUGCCUGCGCAGGCCGAGGGUGAUGUUGAAGGCUCGAAGAAGCGCCAGGAGCGUGACGAGACGGAGGAGAACGACGAGCAGGUUGCCAAGAAGGCCAAGACGGAGGAGGAAGCACCAAAGGAGGCAGAGAAGGCUGUGACCGAGGAGACAACGGAGACUACUGAGACUGCUGAGAAGGUAGAGGAAGCUGCAAAGAAGGAGACCGAGACGGCGGGAAAGGAAUCGACAUCAGAGAAGGACGAAACUACACCGACUGAAAAGGCUGAAACGACCGAGACAGACGCUGUUCCUUCCGAUGCUGCUGCGGCGUAGAUUACUACAUGCAGUCCAGAUCGACUGACGUCUUCGGCCAACUGGACGCUGAAUCCAAAAAACAAGUUGAAACAAUAAAAAAAAAAGUAUUUUAUGGAGAAAAUUUCGUCAGUGCGGUAUCUUCGCCUUGUUCUGGACACGCUACCUGGUAGCGACUUGUCAAAGUUGUUUUGAUGAGCUGUUAAAUGCUUGUACAUUUCCGCCUUCUAUCCUCGAGCUGAUUAGACAGAUCGUUCUUCGAGAUUCGUCAAGUACUGACCGUACUGCUUGACGACAUUGCCGUACUUGGUGAGCAGGCCCAGAGUCUUCAGUCGGUUCUCAAUGUCUUCCUUGGUUUGGCCAUUCUGCAGCCAGCUACGGUAAACCUGCUUGGCGUACGCGUGGUCAUUGACAAUUUUUUCGAGGAUCUCCGAGUCCAUUUGUCUCGCUUCAGCCACCCUCUCUUCAUCGUCGGGGUCAACCGCUGCCGUCUUCUUCUUUAGCAUUCGCAGCGAUCGCGUGCUGAUGUCGACGUGGCCGUUAACCGCGUCGACGGACGUCUUGGACAACGCGCUCGGACUAGCCGCCAUAACGUCGCAGGUAGCGAGGAGAGUGGUCGCUGCCACCAGGAAGACGUAGCUCACACGCAUCGUUAGGCUCAGAAGUCAGUCGAUUAUGGUGCUGUGAACGCAAAAUUGCUGACUGAAUCUCUAACAUCAAGAAUUAAUUAAUCAGCAAAGCCCCAAAUGCUAUCCCAGGCCGGUCUGCACAAUCCAAUCACGCGAAAAACGAGAAGAUCAAC